UACCGAAUUGUUAAUGGCGUAAACACAUUUGUGAGCAUUUAGUGAUAGUUCAUGCAAUUUUUGGGUGUGCGUGUGGUUAAGGAUUCGUAAACAAUGAGAGGAUUAUGGAUUUUUUUGAACGUCGCAUUUGUUUACAGUCAAACCUCGAAGUAUGAAAGCUGCCGAACGCCCGACGGAAAGCUCGGCGAAUGUAAGGCAAUUUCACAGUGUCACUACAUAUCCGUUAUGGCAGAACAAUCCUUGAGUUAUAGCACGAUAAUGUUUCUAAAAAAAUCACAGUGCGGCUUUGAAGGCCGGAAUCCAAAAGUCUGUUGUAUGGAUGAAUAUGAUGACAACAGAAAGGAAGAUACCUUACCAACGUCCGAAGAUGGAUACAUGGCUGGUUUUCCAGCGUCUAGCACCAAAGAAAGACCACCAGUUUACCCAAGUAUCACGAAACCAGAUGGUACGUUUCCAGUGUCUUCUAGAAAUUUACUACCCGAUAGAAGUGUGUGUGGGACCGCAACAGAGAAUAGAAUUGUUGGUGGACAGGUAGCCGAGCUAGAUGAGUUUCCUUGGAUGGCACUUAUCGAAUAUCGGAAACCUAGUGGCAGCGGAUUUCACUGCGGAGGAGUUUUAAUUAGUAAACGAUAUAUUCUCACUGCCGCCCAUUGUGUCAAAGGACGCGAUUUGCCGAAGACUUGGCAAAUAUCUAAUGUCCGCCUGGGGGAGUAUAAUACUCAAACGGCAAAGGAUUGCAUCCCGCAAAGUGGAUAUGAGUAUUGUUCAGAUCCUCCACUUGAUGUUCCGGUCAGUGAAGUGGUUGUCCAUGAAAUGUACGACCCUUUUGACCAAAACCAGUACCACGAUAUUGCGUUGCUAAGGCUGGAAUAUGAUGUUCAAUUUACUACUUUUAUCAAACCAAUUUGUUUACCUACUUCGGAAAAGCUACAAGGAAAUUAUGUGGGUAUUAAUAUGACCGUGGCGGGUUGGGGAAAAACCGAGACGAAAUCUGAGAGUAAGGUCAAGCUGAAGUUGCAAGUUCCUGUCAGAUCUAUGGAUGAAUGUGGACCCGUGUACAGCACCAAGAAUGUUAAACUGUCCAAGGGUCAAUUAUGCGCUGGUGGAAUUGAGGGGAAAGAUUCAUGUCGAGGUGAUAGUGGGGGACCCUUAAUGACACUGUAUUAUGUUCCUAGUGACUACAAUUGGUACGCAACGGGAGUGGUUUCUUUUGGACCUUCACCUUGUGGAGUAGCUGGUUGGCCUGGAGUUUACACAAAGGUUUCGGAAUACAUUCCUUGGAUACUCAAGACUAUAAAAGCUUAAAUUAUACUUACUAUAGUUGUUUUUAUUUAAUUCAACCAUCAUGUCUAGAAUGUAUUGUCUAUUUUUUGUAAAAAAAUCAUUAAUUAUU